UUCAAGAGUUUCAGAAAGAAAAUGAGGAUCAGAAGAAGAUGGAGGAGAACUAUCCUACAAUGAAAGAGGAAUGGUUUGAACUCACACUUCUGAAGGCCCAACUGGAAGAAGAGAUUUCUGAUCAGAGAAAGCAGAAGGAGGAAACACGUCAGCUGAUUGUUCGACGUGAGGAGGAAAGGAGGCAACAGGAAUCGCUUCGAGAACAGAUCAACGUUCUGACAGCAGAGAGAAACACACUGGCUGAUGAACUGCAACACCGUAAAGCGCUGGAGUCUGAAUGUAAGGACUUACAAGCAGAAACCAGCGACUUGGUGAAACAAGUUUUCAACCACACACAAGAUGUUGCAGAGUUGAAGGAAAUUAUUUCAGAGUUUGAUCAUGUGCAAGAAGAACUCGAUGUUGCACAGGAGGAAAAUCUGAAGGCAAAGAACAAAAGCGACCUUCUCCAGAACCAAAUCCAAGACCUGAAGGUUCAGAUGCAAAAUCCACAAGAGGCAGUCGCUGCUCUGAAGAAAGAAGUCAAAGACCUCCAGGAGACAAAUAAAGAAAUAAAGGAGGUUCAAGCUGAAUUUGAUAGAAUCUCUGAAAAGAAGUCCAAACUGGAGGACAAGAAGAAGCAGCUUCAGGAGGAGGUUUCACAUCUGAAACAGCAGCAACAGGAAGUAUGUGAGCUGGCUGUUAAAUACAACAAUGUACUGGAUAAACUGGGACCCCUUCAAGAAGAAACAAAGAACCUCAAAGAGGAAAGAAGGAUGAUGACUGACCUUCUCAAACAUCGGCAAACACUGGAGAUGGAAUAUAAUGAGAUCAAAGCAGAAGCUGACCAGGUGGAAACUGAAAACUUCCACCUUCAUGCUGAAGUAGAUGAUCUCCAGAAGAAGCUUUCAGAUAUGAACGAUGUGGAGGAGAAAGUUUUCAAAGAAAAGGAGAGAAAUCUGAAGGCAAAGCAGGAACAUGAUCAUCUCCAGAACCAAGCCCAAGAGCUGCAGGUUCAGAUGCAGAAUCCACAACAGCAUCUGGGCUCUGUGAUUGGUCAGCUGCUGCAGAGAUGCAGACAGAAGAAUAAACAAGGAGAAGAAACUGUCGGGCAGGGAAGGCUGCUCUCUGCACCUCUCUCCUCCGGUGUCUCAUUGGUUCUUCUCCUACGUUUCCCUCCUCUCUCUGUUUGCUUGCUCACGCUGCUUCGUGAGCUGAAAGUGAUGGCUUCAUUUCAUGAGACUAACCUGCAGCCCACCGACUGCAGCUGCCGUUUGCCCAGCGGCAUCGUGGGAGCCGCGUCUCCUAGGUGGCGCAGGAGGAUGGCUGAUGGACUGAGGAUUGUAGGUCAGCAGAGUUUGGGGAUGUGA